AUGGCAUCCGACAAGGCCACCAUUACACGUGUUCCAUUCGCCGAUGCGGCCGGGUUGAUCGAGGUCCUGACCAGGGACGGUUGUGUUAUCGCCACUGGCUUUACCCCGCCCGAAUGUCUGACGCAGGUCCAGCGUGAUGUUAGCCCGUACAUGGAGGGGUAUACCGAGAUACGGAAAGAAUUGUUCCCACCGGAAUACCGCUGGUGCGGAGGCAUUUUCGGCCGUAGCGAUACUGUGCGGAAUCGCUGGCUGGCCGAAGAAAACCUCGAUCAAGUAUGCGAUCACUUUCUCAAAACGACAUGCACACCUCCGGGGGGCUAUGAUGGUGCAACUUUUGAGACCAAGCCUGUGCUUGCCUUCUCUGUGACGCUUGACAUCGGGCCCGGCGCUCAGCAGCAGCCUCUACACCGCGAUGAUUAUCUCUAUUUCCAUACGCAUCGCGACCUGACGCAGACCGGGUAUCAGGUAGGCACAGACAUGAUGAUAUUGAUGUUCGUUCCUGGAGUGGAAACGACCAUCGAGAACGGGGCUACUCUGGUUGUUCCCGGCUCGCACCUAUGGGAUGAUGUGAGAACACCGACGGACCAAGAAAUUUGUUAUGCCGUCAUGAGCCCUGGCGAGGCCUUGUUCGUCCUGGGCUCGACCUGGCAUGCCGGCGGUGCGAACAAGACCAAAGAUGUACGUCGACCGCAGAACACCUUUUUUUUCACACGCGGAAUGUAUCGCCCAGAGGAAAACCCCUACCUUACCUACCUCCCUCACGAAGUCCUCGGAUGGAGCGAGAAAUCACAGGCUCUUGCAGGCAUGAACCGAGACACAUUGGCCUUUGACCGGACCAAUUAUUUAGUCCCUUCUGCGUACUAUGCAGAAGCAGGAAAAAAACCCACCAUUGAGUGA